CUUAGAUCAGCCCAGAGGUUGUUUCAGGGUUAUGGAUGUUAUUUGACAACAAAAUUUUUCUAGCCAUAUAAAAACAAUUGAAUCACACACACAGCUGAUGCGAUUACUCAUUUGAUAUCUAUGGAAACCAAAUUUCCAAGUUUGGAAUCUGUUCAUGAUGACUAGUUAUCACGUUUAGUAGUAAAAAAAGAUUAGACUAUCAUUUUGUUUUCACUCAAACUUACUUCUGUAAGAGCGUCACCAAGACCACUCGCCCCUGUCCCCACAGAACACACACCCUCCGAGACAUCUCUGAGACUCCAUUGUUUGUUGUAGUUGGGAUACCUGUGUGAAUUUCCCGCAAACAAGUCAACCGUGGGGGGUAGGGUCCAAAGCAAUAUUUUUACAUAGCUAAAAUCUAACUACUUUUUAAAUAUAUUUUAACACAAAUAUACAUUUUCGUCCUUUCGUGCAUUAUCGUCAAUAUGAAUGCUGAUUAUUUAUUUUAUGAAAGGAUAUUAGUUGUAUUUGAUUUAAUAAACGUUUUGUCGGUUACCCCUCCCCCGUGAAAAAUAGCGAAUGACAAGAAUGUCAAAGAAAUCCGAAGGCAUCCAACUUUCUCCUCCAUUGGCUACAGUAGUUACUCUUCGAGGUUUGGGAGUUUUUAKAGACAAAGCGGCUUGACUUUGCCACUUUACAGAGCUUGUUUCUUAAAACGUGUCUUAGGAGACGUUUUAAAAAUGCCUUGUUGCAAGACUACGAUUACGUGGGCCACAAACCUCAAAAUUGGAGAAGAUCAGCACAAACAGUUCGUCGUCCAACUCAAGCGAGAUAUCAGCUGCUGCAGCGAACGAUAUCAGRUCUUUGUGAACAAUGAGCUACGCGAAGGAGAAAGCCUUUCUUAUCCUCUAUCUUACAAUCCAUGCAGUCCUUUGUGUUGUCCUGGAGGCGUAAGUGAGUGGGAUCAAGAAGGUCAUCACUUCAUGCUCAUGUACAACAGCUUAUCCCUAACUAGUUCAGUUGGAAGCUUCAGGCUCUUCGUAGAUGGCAUCGAUGUCAACACUGGAAGAGAAUUCACAGCGUUUUGGCGUCGUCGUGGUAUACAAAUCCUCUUUAUGGGAUUCUGCUUCAUUCUCCUUGGGAUUAUUUGGUCAUUGAUAUUUCGCUAUCUUGUCAAGGAAUCUACUCGUCUUUCCUAUUUUGGCUAUGGAAUGAUUCUUUGUGGCAUUCUUGAUCUAGUGCUGGGGUUAAUUCCUUUGCUGAAAUUCAGAAACCCAGGAAGACAGAACAAUAGUGUARGAUAUACUGCUAACACUGUUUGACACAACUGCUGAAGCUAUCUUUUAUUGAACGUCAACAAUAUUAUUGUUAAUAGUUGAUCACUUGCCAAAAUGAUUGUAGACGUGUAGACGUGUGUAUAUUGAUAGUUAAUAAAUCUUUUAUUUAGUACUGACAAUGAUAAUGAAUCACUUCAUAAAGUCUAUCAGUGCGUAGCAGUGAAAAGAGUGGUAAUCAUUUCUAAAUAAUCAUAGUAUUUAAAAUAACAAGUCUAUCCUAUGCUAAUAAUUACUAAUAAGACUUGAUAACUCAUUACAUAUCUAUCUGUAGCUUGUAAAAAAUUCAUGUCAUUGGUUAGCACUUCAUGUAAGACUACAUGAAAUGGCAAUAUUGGAUUAUUAAUUAUUUAUUAUUGGUUAUAACAUCCUGAAACCCUAAUCCAAACGAGCCAGCCCGUACCGCUCGGAAUGACUCACAUGAUUGGGUUAAAACACGAGAUAAAUUAUUCAUCCAGACAAAUAGCACUAAACCUAAACUUACAAAAGCGGUACUGUACUUAGGAAGCAAUGAAAAACCAUCUUUCAAGCGGUACUGGAUAACUCAACCAAACCUUAAUCCUAACCCAAACUCCCAAAAAACCUAACCUUAAUCUUUAUUACAGAAUGGUGCCAUUUCAUGUAGUAUAGUCUUACACCUAUUUCAUAAAACAUUGUCAGAGAUCAAAAAAAGGCAAUCUGAGACGAUACAGAA